AUGGCUAUGAGCUCUUCAGAUAGGAUUGAAAUAUGGAGGGACUGGCCAGACCAACACGAGCCCGGAACCGAAAGAGCAAACUACAUGCUCGUUGGCGAUCACAAUGUAGCAGUCAGAGGCAGUGGUAUGGUUAGGGCCGUUGUCUUACUCUCUAAUCAGCACUUUAAGUUGUAG